UUUAGUAAUCCGUUGGUAAUGCUGAGUAGAUAGAAAAUGGGAGUAAAUGUAAUAUGUAAUGCUACUGUUUGUUAUUUAUUAGGACGAAAUUAAACAUGGGUGACGCGUGCAACAUAAAUUUAAAUCUCUCAGAAAUAUGUCGACUUUGCCUAACUCACGAAGGAGAAAUGUUACCAAUUUUUGAUAAUAAAACUGAUGUUCAGGCUCCGCCUUUACCAGUGAAAAUAAUGACGUGCGCUUCGGUUAAGGUAGUAGUUGGUGAUGGUUUACCAGAUUUGAUUUGUCACCAAUGUGCCCUUCACAUAGACAGUUGGUACAUAUUUAAGAAACAGUGCCAGAAUUCGGAUGUUAUUCUGAGGCAGUACAUCAGUAGACAACAUUCAGAUACUGAAAAUGAUGGUGAAGAGGAACCUCUUAAAAGGAGACUGAGGACAAAGAGGAAACAAAAAACUGUGAAUACUUGUAGACGAGCAAUUACUGCUGCUAAAGAAGCUGCUGAAGCAGCCAGAGGAAGAAGUGCUGAAGUAACAUUUGUUAAUGAUUUGACCGAAGAUGUUGUGGAGGAGGUUCCUGUGUAUCCAGACCUCCCAUGUGAAGUGAAGAUGGAGGGUGGAGAUGACAGAAGAACUGAAGUACAUGAUGAAAGUGAAGUUGAAAGGAACUCAGGGAUCCUUCCUCCUCUUCCAGUUAAUAAGGGUUUCCCAUGCCAAGUUUGCCACAGAUCAUUUUCAAGCAAAUCCUACUUACGAGACCACCAAGCUGUACAUACAGGAGAACGAAGUUUUUCAUGCUCAGAAUGUGGGAAAGCAUUCUAUAGUGACCGCAAGUUGGCAUUGCACAUUAAAACACAUUCUGCAGAGCGACCGUGUCUGUGUUCUGUGUGUGGAAAGGCAUUCCGUGAGAAGAGUGAUCUCAAAAAACAUUUCAGGCUGCACUCUGAUGAAUCACCAUUCCUCUGCAAUGUUUGUGGUAAGACAUUCAAGACCAAGUUUUACUUAACACGUCACUUAAUGAUUCACUCGGGGGAGAAGAGACACACUUGUGCUGAAUGUGGCAAGUCUUUUACAUGGCGAGACACACUUAUGGCACAUGCCAAAGUCCAUGCACGGGAACGUCCACUGGCCUGUAGUAUGUGCAGCAAAGGUUUCAAGAGGAAGGAGGAUCUGGUGCGUCACAUGCGAAUACACACAGGGGAGAGGCCUUUUGUGUGCCCUUAUUGUGAACGUCGUUUCUCAGACAAAUGGAAUUUAACUCAGCAUGUACGUUUGCAUACUGGUCAGAAACCUUAUGUGUGUUCUGUCUGUAAUCAGGCUUUUACACACAAUGUAACUCUGAGAAACCAUGUAAAACAGCACCAUUCUUUAGUUUAAAGUUUUGUGUUGUAAAAGUGUGACAGAAACAUUCUGUUGUAACUUGUGCAAAAUCUGCUGCAGUGCAGAAUUUGGAAAUUGAACAGUCGGCACUAUACCACCUCUCCAACUGAACCAUCAUCAUAGUUGCUACAUUGCCAUGGCGAUAUAAAUAUUUCCUAGCAGUCCAGGUGCCUGGAAAAUCCUUCUAUUUAUACCAUGCUGAUGUGGCAGCACUACUCUGCAGGAGAGCAUCAUGAUAUUCUUUGCUCACAGAGCUCCAUUACCAACUCUAGAGAGACCUACAGGAAGUUGGAUUGCAUUUGUAAUAUGUGUAAAUGAUGUUACCAGAUGUGGUUGCUUUGUCCCUCCCCUAUUUGUAAACAACAAAGCACCCCCUCAGAAUACAGGUUCAGUUUCCUGUUACAUGGCUAUGUCCAACUUUCUUUCAUGUGUAACAUGCCAGAUUUAUGAGAGUGAUCGAUGCUUGGGAGGUAAGCAGCUCUUGAAAUAAAGAUAUUCUACUUAAAUGGCCAUUUGGUCUUCUGUUGUUUAUGUUGGUUGGUAUACUGUAUUUCAUAAUAGAUAGAAGCAUAAAAUGACAGCUGUUUUCUACAAAAUUUAUCUGUUGCAUUUUGGGCCCCAGCCAUUUUAUACAAAAAACAUGAAUGUACCUGACUUUUUUCUUGUGUAGUAAAAGUGCCACUGCAGUUAAUAUAUUUAUUUGUAUGUGAAAUUUUGGGCACUUUUAGGUUAUUGACUGAAAGUUUCAUACUUGUAUGCUUCAUAGUUAUUGAAUAAAAAUUCUGAAAAACAAGUAAA